GCUCCUAUAUAAGGGACCGUCUGGCCUCCUCCUGAAUCCAAAGAUUAGCCGGCGCUGCUUUGCAUGGUGUAGGCUUUGGAGUGGGGCAGGAGGAGGAGGAACCGCCACUGCCGAAGCCUAUAUUUACUCUUGGGAGACCCAUGGGCAAAAUCCGUUUAAAUGCUUUUUAAGAGACCUCGGAUCCCCAGCAGCAACUGUGCCUCGGGGUGUUGCAAAAGCUCAGAGUUCACCGGAGAACCCCCCUGGCAUUUCACCUAGCCACCCGGGAAGGAGGAAGGCUUCGGGACUUGUGUGUUGCAUACUUAAAAACUAUCAUCCCCCCUUCUGACGGAGGGUUACGAAGCAAGAUCCUCCUUCUGCAGUAACAAUGACCAGAUGCUUGGACGAGUCGGAUGUCGUCAUGGUGGAAGAAGGCUUCACCACCAGAGAUGUCUUGGAGAACCUGCUCCUCGAGGUGGCCGAGGUGGGUAGCCGGGAAGCCUUUUUCGUGGCGGAUCUCGAGGAUGUGGUGAAGAAACACUUGCGCCUCCUGAAGGCCUUGCCACGCAUCAAGCCCUUCUACUCCCUGAAGUGUAACCGGAGCAAAGGAGUUGUGCAGAUGCUGGCGGGCCUUGGGGCCGGGUUUGGCUGUGCCAGUAAGACAGAGAUGGCACUGGUGAAGAGUAUUGGAGUUCCACCCGACCGGAUCAUCUGCACCAGCCCUUGCAAGCAGCUCUCCCUGAUCCGGUACGCAGCGAGCCAAGGGGUACAGCUGAUGACCUUUGACAAUGAGGUGGAGCUUGGGAAAGUGGCACGGAGUCACCCAUCUGCCAGAAUGAUCUUAUGCCUCGCUACGGACGACUCCCGCACUUCUGCCCAUCUGAGCAUAAAAUGCGGCGCUACCCUUAAAGCCUGCCGGCAUCUGCUUGAAACGGCAAAGGAGAUGAAGGUGGAGGUUGUUGGCAUCAGUUUCCACACUGGCAGCAGCUGUAGCGACCCUCAGAUCUUCACUCAGUCCAUCGCAGACGCUCGCCUGGUCUUUGAAAUGGGGGCCGAACUGGGCUACAAGAUGCAUCUCCUGGACAUUGGAGGCGGCUUCCCAGCAUCUGAAGAGUCCCGAGGGCGCUUUGAAGAGACAGCAGCUGUGGUCAACUCUGCCUUGGACCUGUAUUUCCCAGAAGGCUGUGGGGUGGAGAUCAUCGCUGAACUGGGGCGCUACUAUGUGGAUUCGGCCUUUACUUUAGCGGUCAGCAUUGUUGCCAAGAAGGAGGUUCCCCUGGAGCAACCAGGCUCCGAAGAUGAAGACCCAGGUGGCAAGAAGAGCUUCGUUUACCAUCUUAACGACGGCGUUUACGGCUCCUUUGGAUCGGUCAUCUUUGACAAUGCUUGCCCCAUUCCCAUCUUGCAUAAGAAACCCUCUCCGGAUCAAGACUUGCACAGCAGCAGCUUCUGGGGACCGACUGGGGAUGGUCUGGACCGCAUUGCAGAUGGGGUGGAUCUCCCUGAACUUCACGUGGGAGACUGGCUGAUCUUUGAGAAUAUGGGCGCCUACACCGUGCCACCGUCCGCCUCUCUCAGCGGAGCCCAGCAGGCACCAGUCCACUGCGCUAUCUCCAGAAUGGCCUGGGAAGCGGUCCAGCUCUUGUGGGGGAAACUGCUGCACCCGGAGGAAGAGGACCGGGAGAGCGCCUGCACCCCGCUGUCCUGCGGCUGGGAAAUCACGGACUCCUUGUGCGUGGCCCCCGUCUUCGCUCCGGCAGCCAGCAUCAUGUGAGCCACAAUCACAACAUGUGCCACAAGGGGGCAGAACAUCCUCCUGCCACUACGGAGUCCUCCUCCUCCUCCUCCUCCUGCCACACUUCAACCUCAACAUCUUCCUCUUCCUCCUCCUCUCUCUCUCUGGCCUGCCUGCCUCCUUCCACCUUCUCUGCCCUGGAGUACCAAGCCGGAUGCCCCGCUUCCUUUUCUCUUUCCCUCCCCUUACUUUUCUCCUGUCCCCAAAAAAAUCUGUGUGGUUUUUAAGUAUGCAACAUAAAUCCUGUUCCUCCUCCUC